CCUAACUCAAUCACCAUUCAUUUCUCCAUCUCUCUCUAAAGUCAAGCCUUUCGUGUGAAAGGGAACACCUUCCAAGAACCAGAAAGGCAAAAGAAGAAGAGAGCAUCCAAAGAAGAAGAAAACUCCCUUAAUGGAGACAGAGGAAGCAGCAGCAGCAGAAACAUCAAUAGAACUCAAUUUCGACAGCACAACAUCAUCUCCAUACAUAACAGCUCCUUCAAGCCCAACUCGAUUUGGAAACAACAAUGCUUUCUUCUUCAGUGCACCGACAAGCCCUUCACCUUCAACUUCCACCAAGAAGAGAUCUGUCAGCGAUUUUGAUGACAAUUUCGAGUUCAAUUUCAGUGGUCAACUGGAUAAAUCUUAUUUCUCUGCCGCAGAUGAGCUCUUUGAUGGAGGCAAGAUUCGACCAUUAGGGCCCUCACUCCCUCCUACUGCUGUUUCUUCUCCCAGAUCUAGCUUUCUUGAGAGAGAAGUUUCCGAUAGAGGAAGAGACCCGUCUCCCGGAUCUACCACGCGCUAUGAGCGUAAAGGGAGCCGUUCUAUGUCUCCGUUAAGGGUUUCAGACAUUAUGGUUGAUGAAGAAGAAGCACAUGAGUCAGCAAAAAUGGUUGCUUGUAACACAAGCAACCAAAAAUCCUCUGUUUUCUUGUCAGCGAUUCUGUUCCCUGGUCGAGCGUAUAAAAAGUGGAAACUCAAAGAUCUGUUACUAUUCAGGAGCGCAUCCGACGGAAGACCGGUUCCAACCAAAGAGUCCUUGAAAAGAUAUGAUAUACUCACAAAGAAAGAGGCGGAAGAAAGGAAAAACUCGAGCGUCCGAUCAAGGGAGAGUUGUGACUCACCGGUGUCUAGGUCGAGGAGGAGGCACGGCGUGGCGAUCUCGGCUCAUGAGAUGCAUUACACUGAGAACAGAGCAGUUUCGGAGGAGUUGAAGAGGAAGACAUUCUUGCCGUACAAGCAAGGCUGGUUAGGCUGCUUAGGGUUUAACCCUGCGGCCCAUGAAAUUGCAAGAGUUGGGUCCUUGUCACGUGCUUCCUCUUGAUCCUCCUUGUACUUUCUAUUUAUAAUAUUAUUUUUUGAUGGAUUUAAUUUUCAGAUGUGGUGGUAAAAAAUCUAUUGACUUGAUGGAAAGUA